UGUUGGAUACCCCACCCCCUCCCCAACGCUUUAUCGAGAUCGAUCAUGAAUUUCUACCAACAUGCGGGCACAAUUCUCGACAAGCUUGAACGACGGCAGGGUACUAUUAAGGGUCUUGUCAUUGGCGAUCCCAAAGUAAAAGACAAGAAGAAAAUGUACGCUCUCAUUUGUGAAACGCUUAAAUAUAAAAAAGUUAUCAAUGAGCUGAUUGAUAUUACGGAUAUUUGUACGAUCGAAAAGAAGAUGUUAUCCUCACGGUCGUUGGCUCAAGUGCUUAUUCACGAUAUGCUAUUUACCAAACGAGGUAUUCCAUUACCGGCCACCGUACCCAUCAAAAAAUGUGUCCACCGCCACCAGGCACGACUGAAAGCCGAGUUGGCAAAAAUCAAAAUGAAGCGGGGCAUAAAAAGCAACGAGGAGCUAGUGAGCCAAAAGGCCAGAGACGCUGUACUCAUUCCGCGCUAUGCACGCGUUAAUACUCAUAAAUCGACAAUGAACAAGAUUAUUCAAGCGUUCAAAAAGGAAGGCUAUACCUUUGUGGAUAAUGCGCCAGAAGAUUUACGACAACUCACCGAAAAGUCAUUCUGUCGCGACCCACAUUUGGAUGACUUGCUUGUAUUCACGCCAAAGACGGAUCUGCAUAACCAUCCUCUCUAUGUUGCUGGAGAUAUCAUUUUGCAGGAUAAAGCAUCCUGUUUUCCUGCCCAUGUGUGCCGCCCACCCAAAGAUGCACAUGCUAUUGAUGCUUGCGCUGCACCAGGAAACAAAACUUCGCAUCUAUCGGCGCUUAUGCAAAACACGGGACGGAUAUGGGCUUUUGAUCUUGAUGCAAGACGUCUGGAGCUGCUUAAGCGUAUGACGGGAAAGGCCGGAUGUAAAAAUAUCUCACCUGUACAUGGUUCAUUCCUUGAAGUUGAUCCUAUGGAUCCUCAAUAUGCCAAGGUUGAAUAUUUCCUUCUGGAUCCGUCGUGUUCUGGUUCUGGGAUCGUCAGUCGAUUAGAUCACCUUGUUGAUGGUGACGAUGAAGAAAAUCAGGCGACAGACACCGUCGACGAACGGUUGAAAAACUUGGCGGAUUUCCAGAUGUCAGUGAUUCGCCAUGCGCUCAAAUUUCCUAAUGCAAAGCGCGUGGUGUAUUCAACAUGCUCCAUACAUGCACAAGAGAAUGAACAAGUGGUACAAAGCAUCUUGGCAGAUAAUCCCGACUUUGCUUUGGCGCCGCGAGAAUCGGUGUUGCCUACAUGGAAUCGACGUGGACUAGUGUCAGAGUUCAAUGGCAGCGUUCAAGAUGCUGACGCUGUAGUUCGCACGGAUCCGGCUCAUGAUUUAACCAACGGUUUCUUUGUCGCUUGUUUUGUACGAACAAGCGCAUCACCCUCCUCAUCAGCUAAUGCUUCUGCGCCUAAUAAGAAGCGGAAAGCAGCAACUCAAGAAGAACUUACUGGCAGUACGAGUGCUAUUACGACGACGAAACAAGUAGAUCUUCCCGCGGAAAAGAAAAAGUCGGCGAUAAAAGUAGAAAAGGAAACAACAAGUAGUCAAGAGCCACCAACUGUCAAUACUGAAAUCAAGCUAGCAUCUACUACCGCUAAAACCAACAAAAGUAGUAACAACAACAAUAACUCGAACAAUAAGCGGCGUAAAAAGAACAAAGUUAGAACAGCUGUUACCCAACGAUAAUGAUUUUUACACUUUCAACAUUACUGUAAAUACUUACUAAAGCAUGAUAACUUAUUUAGAAUACAUAACAUGGAUCAUAAACAAAUGCGACAUAGAGUUUCUAUCCUUUUUAGCUGGUAAAAGUGACGUACAGCAUGCACCUAUUGAAUAUGGUAAACGACAGAAGGUUGUACCAAGGCUAACUAAUAAUAUGCCUUAAUUCGUGGGGCAAUAUGCUGCCUUUGAUCUGAUAAAAA